UAUACUUUAGGACUCAACAUUGACAACAUUUUAGAGAACUGAAAGAUCCAGGUGACUGUUCUGGUAUCAUAAGAAAAAAGGAACCAAUUUAAGAUGAAUCUUUCAACAUUUCCACUUCUUGUUGUAUUUCUUGCUACAGCAUCUGCCAAACCAAUUGCAGAGAAAUGGCAACAAGAUGCUGACAUAAUUGCCAGAAACCAGAAACAAGGCUCACUAGAUGGGGACAACUUGUGGCUUUCUGAGUCAGCUCAGUCACAUGAGUCACUGGAAUCCAGAGACGUCUAUGACAGUGAAUCGUCUGAGGAGUCGCUGCUCGAAUCUUCCCAGGAGUCAUCUGAAGAAUCCUUUGAGGAGAGACCAAACAAGUCUUCUGAAGGGUCCAGCCAGCGUUCCUCUGAUGAAUCGUCUGAGGAUUCCUCUGAUGAGUCUUCCAAAGAAUCAUCUGAGGAAUCUUCUGACGAGUCAUCUGACGAAUCCUCCGAGGAAGUGACGGUCACAGUUCCCACUACCACAACCGCAGAUGACACAAACACCCCCACGUCCAAACCUGCCACGACAAGCCCUGGUGAGCCAGGAACAACCACACCUGCUGCAGGCGUCUCCGCAGAGGCUCCCACCACUGAAAGAAGAGGAGACAACUAAAGACGGAGCUCAUGAACCUGAAUGUAUAACUAUCGUAAAAAUGAGGAUUGUUGACUGAAAAUUGAUUGGAAUCAUUGUAACAAGCCAUUUCUUGUUCCGAAGCAAAUGUUUAUUGUGGCAGCCUGCUGAAUGGCUAUAAUAUAAUUAAUACUGCAUUACUUAAUCAUGUAUUUAU